GUGCCAACGCAACUAAUGGCCGGCCUCUAUCAAACGCAAGACACUAUAUCCUCGUCGUUGAGGCCUAACCAUCACCCCGGGUCUAACUCUAGAGAAAUGACGCAGCUAUUGCAUCGGCUCAAGAAUUACAGGGUUCACAUGGAAGAGGCACGCAAGCAGCGCUCUACGAUCGAUGAAAUAUUGCACGAGGGCUAUACCACGACAUUACCUUCAGCAAACUCGAGCACCAUGCCAUCACAUCGAGACCAGGCAUCACAUGAUGCAGUGCCACUUGGUGAAACACCUGAGAUUACUGCUUUCGAAACGGUAAGUCAAACCAAUGACGGAGUUUCAAGACCUCAGGGAACAGAUUAUCUCAUUUCGAGUAUACUCCGUUCGUCAGAGCAGGAGAGCUUUGACUCUUUAAAUCAAGGGGCAGAUGAUCUCACCAGCUCUAUCCGGAGUCGCACCAUUCAUUCUCACCCUCAGACAUGCAAUGAUCCACCGACAAUUAGAAAUCAGCAUGAACAGCAGCAUGAACAGAACUGUAUCCUCACCGAGCCGUAUGGUGAUGGCAACUUCGGCUCUUCGAAACGUCUGGAUCUUGCAUCAUCGGAUGAUCUAGUACCAGACUAUGAAGAAAGAGAGUUUGGUGAUGAUGGAAUCUUUGAGUCUGCGACCAUACUGUCCCAAGAAGAUGAAGCAGAAGCUGUCAAUCAACUGCUUAGCGGUAUCCGUAAUCAAUAUCUAGGUGCAGAUGCACCGGUUCGUCCGCAUACAAUGACUCCCUACGAGCACAAUGAUGUAGGCGUCGGCGAUGCUACUUCUGUCUCCUCUUUCGAAGAUUUGAGGUCACCUGUAACCCUAAAUGGAGGAACGAGUAAAUCAGAGAGCUUCCCUUCAACUAAGAACCAAGGGGAUAUUUUGGAUAGCCCAUGUUCUACUUGGGCUCAAGGUACAAAAUACGAGAUCGAUCCAUUUGAAUUCAAGCUGCUUGGCCGAGAACAUCUUCCUGAUUCAAAGGCAGACUUGGAAGAUUCGGUAUCAGACUUAAAAAACUCAACAUCACACGUGGACGGUUCGAUACCAGACCUGAUAAUCUCAACAACAGACCCGGAAGAACCAUCAGAUAAACCACUUAAGUUACCAACAGAGUUGCAUCUAGCGGCUGCUUCACAACUUGCUCCGACUGAGUGCAUGCGCUUGUUGAAUGAAUUUUUGCAGCAGAACGCUGACAGGCUCGACGUAUUUCGCGCACGACUGCAACCAUACAGGACUAGGGAUACGUCUAGUGAUGACCUGAAAAUCAUUGAGACCAUCUUCAGCUAUGCCUGGGAUAGUCAGCGCGAGCUUGACUUUCUCACACGUGCUGUUCUGUGGAUCGAUGCACUAUUAUCGCCAUUUCGAGCCGACAUUCUUUUCGAGGACUUAUAUGUACUGAAAUCACGCCUGCAAGAUGCCGUUGGCGAGCUAGAAUCAAACGGUAAGGCAGUUGUCACAGAACGGCUCUUCAAUCGCAUAGCAAAUAUCCAGGGCUCAAACCUCACACGCAAAUUUCUUCUGGAACAUACAAACAUCAAUGUAGCUAGAUUUGAAGAUCUACUUCAGUCUGCUGAAAUCAUCAAAUAUCGGCGCGAUCUUGGCAGGGAGUAUGGCAAAAAAGAUGACCUGGUCGAUGGCUUGCGACGAAUCUACAGCACGGUUGUUUGCACCAUUCCAGUAGCCAUGCCAGAAGUCGACCGAAUUCAUCAACCACAACCACCCGGGAGUAUACAGUACUCAUUCGGUCCAUUUGACCCAUACGAGUUACCCGGUCGCCCAGAACUUUUUGACCACAACUCAAUAACCGCGGUAAGCACAAGUACUCAAGGCUACACUGGUAUACAACUCAGCGAGAAACAAAGUCCUUUGAGCACUGAACACUGGCGCAAUAUGCACGAAGAGAUGAAUCAGGUCGUCACAGCACAGAAAGAAGAUGAGGUUGGACAAGCAAAGCUCAAGAGAAACCCGACCUGCAUGAAUAGGGACUUCAACGCAUUUUACGGUGCGAUAUAUGGGCGUGGUAUGGCUAACUACGCUGAUGCCGCCACACGGAUUCUUGACGAGGAGAUCGACGAGAGACUCUCAGCCGAGCAAGAAGAGCAUGCGGCCGAUAGAACACGUAAUUUGAGCGAUUGCACAGAUUCAAGCGAUUCAAGUGUUCAGAUAGUACUUGGAAAUCAGAUCAAUGAAACGCCGGUCAUCAAGAGUCGUUUAUGUCUCAAAGUCAACAAAGCCGGUGGAUGUCCAGAUCGGAGCAGAUGCGGCGCUGAGUCCCACGAUCAUGAGAGAAAGCUCUGCCGUCAGGGAGACAGGUGUACCUUUGGGGAGAGGUGUGCCUUUGUCCAUGACUCGUAUUCGAAUACGACUCGAGGCCGGUCUCCUAUAUCACCCGUCAGUAGUGUAAAGUCUUAUUCAGACGCUAGAACACGAGACUUGAGCGUGAUGCUAGAUCAGGUUUUGGCGGAUCCGAAGAAAUACAAAGUCUGCACCUACGUCAACAAGGCUCGGGGAUGCAAGACUGAAAAUGAUGGUGGAUUAUGCGCUUUCAAUCAUACAUUGAAAGGCCUAGUGUGCAGAGAGUAUCGAAGCGGGAACUGUCCGCUGGGAUACCUUGAAUGCCCGUUGCGGCAUUUCGACAAUACUGCCUCUACGCCUACCCUGCCAGUACAUAUCGGUGACCGCAUGGGUUUUGACCAUUCUGAGGUUUACGUGUCACCGCGUUCUUCGACCUCAGCCUUCCAGCAGACCUCCCAUGGGAACUAUCCCAUGGCCACUAGUCAGCGAUCUCAAGUAGCAACAGGCAGACCUGCACACACAGCCUCAACACCACUCAUCUCAACAUGCUCCCAACACCAGCCUCUCAAGACCCGCGGCUUGCCACUGAACAUCCCAACAGGGCCAAGAGCCAAGCAUGCGCAAUCCAUCACCAAGCGUCCUCCCUCUUACACUAGCAACAACGACCAUUACGACAACAAACGCAAGCGCGUUAAUAACCAACGGCCAGCUUCCGCCCCUCCGCGUUCGCUGGCGUCACGUAUGACUCGCGACGCGCCCAUGGAGAUCCAGCACGAAUCUAAGAACCAGUUUGCUCAGGAUUAUGUAGAUGAGCAUGAUGAAAUGGAUGUAGACGGAGUGGUAGAUUCGGCACAUGAGCGGAGUCGUCGUCACAAAAAGAUGAAGAUGGGACGAGGGACUAGACGAGAGGGGAUAACAGUGGGGGCCGGCAGGGUAGAAGGUAGUCUGGUUUCAGCGAAGAUUGGUAAUAUGUGA